CGUUAGCGUGCUCGAGUGAAUAUGCCCUUACCGCCCUCCAGUCUUUUUCGAGUCUGCCUCCUCCGUUUUCUCAUCGGACAUUGAGACGACGUCGUCUUUCCCCUUUUCGUUUCGAUUUGCCGUGGAGUGGAAGCCAAGAAGGGGAGGAGUUAAGAGGAGACGAUGGAGUUCUACGUCGAGCUCUUCUUGACCGCUCUCAUCUCCGUCCUCAUCGCCUUCCUCAUCGGCAAGAUCGCCGCCGCCGACGACAACGUCGACGACGAAGAUCUAGCGGCCGACAAGUCGGCCCCGCCCCCUCUUUCCGCCGAUUCAGGCCCUCGGCGGAUGGAAUCCACCGCCGCCGCCGCCGCCGCCAUCGCCGAUCUUGGGAUGGGUUUGGGUGCUGCCCAGGAGGAGGAGACGGGUAAGUCGUCCGGUGAUGCUUGUGCAAGCGGCGUUGUCGAAGAUCAAAGACUGGAUGAGGAGAUACUGGAUAGUGGCAAGGCGGCUAGUGGGUUUGACCUACAGAAACAAGAUACUAUUCUUGGAGCGGAUGAAUCCUCGUCCAAGAAAGAGGGCUCUAAAGUGGGGAUCGGAAUAAUUAGUGGCGAUUUGGAGGAGGUUGAACCAAAUGUGGGAAAAGAGGUGCGGAAAGUUGUGGAGAUGGGUGGAGAAGAUACCUUACAAAGGGGCGACGCAAGGGCGGUGAGUGAGGAGAGGGGUGGAUCGUUGCUACAGGGGGAGGACGAGUGGGAGGGAAUCGAGAGGAGCGAAUUGGAGAAGUUAUUCGGAGUCGCCACUGAGUUUGUGGGUAGCGAGAAAGGUGGGGAUGCCGUGUCAAAACUGAGCAGUGAGUUACAAAUGCAGUUGUAUGGGCUUCAUAGGGUUGCAACCGAGGGGUCAUGCUACGAGCCACAGCCCAUGGCUUUGAAGGUUACUGCUCGUGCGAAAUGGCAUGCGUGGCAGAGUCUGGGGAACAUGAAUCCAGAUGCUGCCAUGGAAAAGUAUAUCAGUCUUCUUACUAAGAGUAUUCCUGGAUGGAUGGGAGAAAAAUCUGGUGAGGAAGCCAGAGGUCAUGAUGACAAUGAUCCUUCAGUAGUGCAGGUUUCUGGAAUAGGCCAGCACCAUUUAAAUACUUCUUCUUACUGUAAUCCUGAAACUGAAAGUGGAAUAAUGUGAUGACUUCUUGUUCCAUUUGAGGUGUCACUGACACUGUAUAUGCUGGUCCCAUACUUUUCAAGCAAGGUACGUACAAGAACCAUUGACCUUGAUCUAUGAAGAACAAAUAUUAUUAAUAUUUUAUUGAUCCAAAAUUAUAUCCUAAGUUUCUGUAGAGCAUCUGGUCCUAGACUGAUGGAAACUUUCUUCAGUUAUUUUCUUUCAUCUGUUUCUGGCGUAAAAUAAAUUUUAUUCAUUUAUAGGUCUCUGUUCCAUGUAACAUUUAAUUGGCUAGACACACGUCAUAAAGAUCUAAUAUAUCUUUGUUUCAGGUCUGCCUAGAGUUACUUAUUUAGAAAAGAAAGAAAAACAAGUCAUUUUAGGAAAGAAAAAGAAAAAACACUUGGACCGCUAAUGCUUUUUCUCCAACUUGGCUAGGCUGUGAAGGUAUCAUCAGAACAAACAAUAAAUGUUUACACUGAUCUCCUCAUGGAAUCCAUUCUUUUGUUGUGGGUGUCAUGUUAUAAGUGCAUGUUAACUCAGCAGCUAGGACUUCAUAAGUUGUUAACUACGAGAAAAGAGGUUGAAAUAGCUAACAGGUAGGAUAUUACACUGAUUCUGCUCAAUAUGAUGGUCCUUGUUGCUUCAAUGGAGUCACACAACAGUGUGCAGUUUGCUUUGUCUCAAAGUCAAAUUUCUUUAAGCUAGUAUUAUGGAUUCUUCUUUUCUGGCUUUAGUAUAUAUUUGUACUUUGAUUGUUUGCUUUUUAAUAGUCAUUUCAAAAUUUGACUAGUUUAGUAGCAAUGACUAGGAAUCUCAAACUUCGGCAAGUAUCCUUUGUGGGUCUCACCAAAAUAUUCAAUAGAAACCAUCUGUGCUUUUUGCUGCUUAAAGUUAACUUUUCCUUAUUUUCCUCCAAUGUAAUCAGUCUGCUUUUUUCAUUUUGUUAUCUGCAGUUCUUUUUUUAUGGUAUGUUUGUUAAAGUCAAAGACUUGUGUUUCUUUGCGAGAGCUGCUGCUUGUCUACCAUGUAUAUUUGUAAUGGUUCUUCCUUUCUUGUCCUAUACUAAAAUAGAUCCAACCAUAUAAAUGAUUCUUCGAAUGUUUUCCAACUCAAUGGUCUUUAGAUUUUUAAGACCACAGGAACGUUUUUAGAUAACUUCCUUCAAUAUAAAUUUUAUUGCAGAACACUUCCUUCUCAAUGCAUAUUCUGGUUAGACUCAAGAAAAGCCUGUAUAAGUCAAAAAGUGCACUCCUGCCAUUGGCAUCCAUGGAUCACCCUCUGAUCAAACUUACGCUGACUGCCAAUUGACAGUUUCAGCUAUUGUUUUGCUUGACUUCACCUGCAAAUGCAA